AUGAACAGGAGUCAUAUAGAGAUGGAGAAGAGAUUCAAGGUGUGGAUCUAUAAGGAAGGAGAGCAGCCACUGUUCCAUGAUGGGCCCGUCAACAACAUAUAUGGCGUUAAGGGCCAAUUCAUAGACGAGAUGGAGAGUGGGAAGAACCACCUCAUGGCUCGCCAUCCUGAUGAGGCACAUGUGUUCUUGAUCCCUGUUAGCAUCGCCAAAAUCGUCAACGUUCUCUAUCGUCCACUCGUGACCUAUUCGAGGGAUCAGAUGAACCGAGUCGUCACAGAUUAUAUCCGCGUCAUAGCAGAUAAAUAUCCCUACUGGAAUAGGAGCAGUGGAGCUGACCAUUUCUUAGUUUCCUGUCAUGAUUGGGCACCAGAAAUCUCAGAUGCUAAUCCUGAGCUCUUCAAGAAUUUCAUAAGAGUUCUAUGCAAUGCCAACACUUCAGAAGGGUUUAAGCCCCAAAGAGACAUUUCAAUCCCGGAAAUUAACAUUCCUGUUGGUGAGCUUGGUCCGGUCCCACAAAAUGUGUCACCAAAUAAGCGUACAAUCCUCGCCUUCUUUGCAGGCGGAGCUCAUGGCUACGUGAGAAAGAUCUUGUUUGAGCAUUGGAAAGACAAGGACAAUGAAAUUCAAGUCCACGAAUACCUUGACAAAAAGAAGCAAAACUACUUUAAAUUGAUGGGCAAAAGCAAGUUUUGCUUGUGCCCAAGUGGGUACGAAGUGGCAAGUCCUAGAGUGGUCACCGCAAUUUAUGUGGGGUGUGUCCCAGUCAUAAUUUCUGAUAACUAUACCUUGCCCUUUAGUGAUGCUCUAGAUUGGAGUAAAUUCUCCAUACAAAUUUCAUCCCAAAAAAUACCACAAAUCAAGACAAUUUUGCAAGAGAUUUCGAACGACAAGUACUUGAAAAUGCAAAAGAGAGUCAAAAAGGUGCAAAAGCAUUUUAUGCUCAACCGACCAGCAAAGCCCUUUGAUAUGAUUUACAUGAUACUUCACUCCCUAUGGCUAAGAAGGCUCAACUUUGGGUUACCACAUUCAUGA